AUGGCUGAACGCAAAAUUAGGUUACAAUAUUAGCUACCUAUUGUGCAAAUUUUAUUGAUUUUUUAAAUACUAACUCUAGAUUUGUUGAAAUUAAAUAAAAAUAAUUCAAUGCAGUGUUUUAAUGGAUUUUAUAGACUUUAAUUCACUGAAUCAGUGAUUUAACCUAUAGUUAUUGAAAAUAGUGAUACCUUGGUGAGGUUAUUUUAAUUAUUGAUGGUUACUCAAUAGAAUAGUUUUUCUUUUUUGAAUUUUUUCUAAAAUUUAUUCAGUCACAUUCAAAUUACAGAUUGAUCCACACCAACAAUUAAAUAAAUAAAAGCUAUUUUUAUGUUAUCAAAGAAUCCAUAGGAUUCUGGAUCUACUAACUAGCAGCUAGCUUAUUGAGAACUCAACAAAUUUUUAAUUUUUGUAGAUAAAGGUAUUAGAAUUCUAAUGAACAAAUGGAUAUUUCUACUCCUGAGGAAGAGGAUUUCCCUGGACGAUUGCUUCACCAGGCUGCCCUGUGGGAUAAUGCCGAACUCCUGGAGGAUCUGCUGAGGGGCGAUCAACUGGCCCACAUCAACAGCCAAGACUCAUGGGGUCGAACGCCCCUUCAUGCAGCGUCAACUACUGAAAACUCAAGAUGCUUGAGGGUUCUUCUACAAGCUGGAGCCGAUUCAAAUAUACCAUGUGGACCAAGAGGCGACAACAAGACUCCGCUCCACACUUGUUCCGAGCACGGCUUCGUGGGCAAUGUGAUGUUGCUGCUGGCUCACAACGGGGACCUCGUGGCACGGGACAGUGGAGGCAUGACAGCACUGGACAUCGCUGAGAAGGGCGAGCAUGCCGAGUGCAUGCAAGUGCUCAAGCAGGCGGCUGAUGCGAGGGAACUGGCGCGACAGAGCUCAUACAUGGCGUUGCGCGAGGCGGUGGCAUCGGCCGAUUUGGCGGCAGUGCGCGCCAUCAUUGCCGACCUGGGUCCCGAGGCAGAACUACUCAUCAAUAUGGCGCCCAGUGGCUCUAACACGCUUCUCUUCAUAGCAUGCGAGCUUGGUCGUAAGGACAUUGCAAAGCUGCUAUUGGACUCAGAAGCGGAUGGCAGAAUUCAUCCCAUCACUAGGUAUUCGCCUCUCUAUAUAGCUUGCUUCAAGGGACGCAAAGAUGUUGCUGACAUUCUGCUCAAGAGAUUUCCAGAGCUAGUCCAGCAGCCGACAGUUGAAUGCUGGUUACCAAUCCAUGCAGCCUGCAUAAACGGCCAUACACACAUCAUGGAACAGUUGCUGAAGUUUCCUUAUCCACAGCAUUUGCUGUCCACUUAUACCAUCGACUCAGAGUGGGAAUUCCAGAUGGCGUUUGAUGUGAACAUGAAGGAUGUCACGGGCCAAAACGUUCUCUAUUUGGCAUGUCUACUUGGAAACUAUAAGAUGGUUGAUUUGCUUCUCAAGUUCAAAGUGAAAGCGACCAGAGUCAAGCGUAUUCAGCAGAAAGAGGAGGACACGGCCGAGGAAGAGGAAGUGGUGAGUCCGACAAGGCGCCGAAUAUCGGACGGCAUCCAGUCGAUUAUGACCCGACUGAACCUGGGCUCGAAGGGCGGCGGUGGCGGGGCGAGGAACGGUGCGGCAGAUAGCAACGAGAAGCAGCUGCUGCCCUGGCAGUUGGACGCCUACUGCAACAAUGACACGGAGACAGCGCUCCUGGCGGCAGUUAGGGGAAGGCAAGGUGACAUUGUUAGCGCUCUGUUGUCGGCCGGGGCCAACCCUAAUUUGACGCCUCAGCGGGGCACUUCCGAUCAGGAGCAUAUCUACCAGGAAGGCUCAGCACUGGUGCAGGCUUGUCGCAACCGGGACAUCGCCAUAGUGGACCUCCUGCUGAAGCACGGAGCCAGGGAUGACGACUGCAAGGCACUGGCUGUCGUUGUCCGCAACAACGAUGACAUACUCACUGCUAAACUGCUCUCCAUCAAGGCUUACCCAGACCCCGAGCACCGUAUCAACAAGAAGGCGAUGAACGAGAAAAUUCCAGCAUCGUCGUCGCAAUUUGGGGCGCUGCAGAAUCUGACCUACAGCAACAUGUUUGCCAACACUGCCGUCAUGAUCAACUGGCACUGUCAGCGGUGCCAACUGUCGCAGAUUCGACCGCAAUGGCUGAUUGACGCAGCAUUGCAUGUGAAUCCCAAACUGCGCCUGAAUCCCCGAAGUCAAGACGUGGUGUUGUAUGCGAUAACAAGGCUGGACAUCUCCAAUAACGCACUAGCCUGGCUACCUCCAAUGCUUUUUCAACUGCAUAGUCUCAGGUAUCUGAAUGUUGCUCAGAACAAAAUCGAAAAACUCCCAACCAACGAAGAUUUCAUGGACGUGGAUACAAAAAACAAAAGACAUUCCAAAUCUUUGAAAUUUGUGAAGGGAUAUUCAGCACCGAUGCUGGAAGAGCUUUAUCUGCAAGAUAACAGACUAGAAUGGUUGCCUGAAGAACUGUUCAAUCUGCCAGCACUUGUUACAUUGGACGUUUGCAAUAACAAACUACCAGCUCUGCCUUUCAAGAUGUGGCGAGCGCCAAAACUCAAAGAGUUGAAUGUAGCUUUCAAUCUGCUCAAAGAACUACCUGCCAUGCAAUUCGAGGACAAUAGUGACACAGGAAGCGUCUGCUCAGUUGAAUCUUCGAAGAGUGGUGACUCUGAAAUGCUGUUGAACUCACCCAUGAAGUCGAGCUCGUCCUGUCUCAACAGCCCUGAAAUAUUGUCCAACAAUAGAACUGUCCAGUUACUGUCUCACCACAACGUGUGGAGUAGAAGCGUGGAGGUGACAGAGCAGAUCCUUCACCCUGAGCACGACGCCAGCGAGGACUGUUCACAGUUGUCCUCCCUCAACUUGGCUCACAACCAGUUCACAUCCGUUCCGGUUGUACUGUCCUGUCUGGCUGUCAACCUAACCAGGCUCAAUCUUUCUUACAACAGUUUACGUUCGAUGAGUCACAUCACAUCAUACCCGAGUUCCUUGAAGCAAUUAGAUCUAAGUCAUAACCAGGUGUGCUGUUGGCCGAGCUUACCGCAAAUUGAAACCACUGACUCGAUGGAGCAAGCUGCUGUUACCUGCUAUGCUCCCGAACUCAACGCCAAACCAAUCAAACUGUCAGCAUCAGCUAGAAGACCAGGACGAUCAUUAAGGACAACGAUACUGAAUAGUUUAUGCGUUCAUCGAAGGCACUUUCGCCUGGAGAAUCUGCGGACCCUCGUUUUAGCUGACAAUAAGAUUACCAGGAUACAACUCAGCACUGAUGAUGACGGAUAUUCAUCACAGGAGAGUGAAGACACCGACAAUGAAUGGCAAGAAGUUCUAGGAUCAAACGCGUUGAAUGCAGCCAAAUGUAGACUAAUGUUCCCCAACUUGAGUAUGUUGGAUAUGAGUAACAACCUUCUGAAAGAGAUACCAGGCAAUAUAAAUGAACUCAGCAAUAGUCUGUCGGUGCUCAAUGUUAGUGGAAAUACAGAAAUCAGUGAGCUUCCUCCCCACAUGGGCCUGCUGUCACGACUGUGGAACCUGAACACACGCGGCUGUAAUCUGCAGGAACCCCUCAAGUCGAUGAUCGAGUCGAAGAAGUACAAGACAAUGGACAUCAUUGGCUACUUGAAGUCGGUGCUGGAGGAUGCCAGGCCCUAUGCGAGGAUCAAGUUGAUGAUAGUUGGCGUGCAGGGAAUCGGCAAGACCUCGCUGUUGGAACAGUUGCGGCAGGAGGGGAGUGGCAGUUACCGCAAGAAACCAGUCGAGCACUGGGCUAAGAGAAUGGGAAAUAAGAACAUCAAUGUGAAGACCUCGCGAGGCACUAAUAUGUCCACCGUUGGAGUGGAUAUUGGCGACUGGGUCUAUGAGAAGAAAAUUCGAGGCCAGUCCUCUCAUGGGCCAUGUGUUUUCAGAACGUGGGACUUUGGAGGGCAAAGAGAGUACUAUGCCACCCAUCAGUACUUUUUAUCGAAGCGAAGUCUCUACCUGGUGGUUUGGAGGAUCCCAGACGGACAAAAGGGCAUUUCAGAAAUAAUGCAAUGGCUAGUCAAUAUUCAGGCAAGAGCGCCGAAUUCUCCGGUUGUGAUAGUAGGAACUCACUAUGACAUGAUGAGAGAAAACUACCCCGCUUCUCGUUCUGAAGAUCUGCAGCAACUCAUUAGAGAUAAGUUUAUCAACGUUGUUGACGCGGAAAAAUGCGGUCUACCAAGAGUGCUGGAUACUAUUGAAGUCAGUUGCAAAACACGGCACAAUAUAAAACUGCUUUGUAAUCUUAUUUACGAUACUGCGUUCAGUUUGCGACCUCCAGGUAGUAAAGAGCUGCUACUAGAACAGCGAGUACCGGCCAGCUACCUGGCCCUGGAGGAUGUGGUAAGUCAGGUGGCUUCCGAACGCCGCCAGAAGGGCAUCGAUCCGGUGCUAAGUGCCGAACAGUAUCGCGCCGUCGUCUGGGCCGAGAUGCAGUACCGCUAUCAGCGCUCCUUCCGGGAUGCCGCCGAACUUCAUCAGGCCACACUUUUCCUGCAUGAUAACGGUGUGAUGCUCCAUUAUGAUGACGCAACUCUCAAAGACCUGUACUUUCUGGAUCCUCAAUGGCUGUGUGAUAUGUUGGCUCAUGUAGUAACAAUUCGAGAAAUCAAUCCGUUUGCUAGAACAGGUGUGAUGAAACUAGACGACUUGAAGCACGUAUUCAAAUCGUCGAAUCUGGGACCAGUGGAUACGCGGGGCUACAUUGUCAAUCUGCUGAACAAAUUCGAGGUGGCACUCACGUGGGACAACCGCACCCUCCUCAUCCCCUCCCUGCUGCCUUCUGAGGAUGAUCCUCACACGCCCAGUGUCAAGGUCAAGAUUCCAGUGCGAUCUAGAGGUUGGGCCGUGCGUAAUAAGAAGCUUCUCCCAUCUGCAGCUGCCACCACUGUAGUUGGCAAUUCGUCAUUCUAUGCUGAUACUCCACUUCCACCCAACACAUCAUCUACUACUGAUUCAAGCAGCGGCUUAGAGUUAAACGAGCGUAGCGACCCUGAGCUUGCGAUUCGAAGACUGCUGUUAAUGUCGUACUUCCCUUCUGGAUUCUGGUCGCGACUGAUGACUCGGCUGUUGGCUGAUGAUGCCAUUGUCGACAUUGUACGCUCCUUUUUCAUCAUGCCAAAAGAGGUGGCGCAAGAUGCAAAGAUGGCAAAGCUCCUAGACGUUCGUGCAGAAUGGGUGCUGUGGCAAACUGGCAUGGAACUGAGGUACUCUGACGUCGUACUUUUCAGGAUGAAAGAGGUGAUAUCCUCUGUGAAAAAUGCACCCAUCGAUUACAGGAAACUCAGGCUGAAAUUGAAACAAGAAGGGGUAUGGGCCGAUGUGGAUUUGGUGAACUCGUCAAUUCUGGAGGUGGUUCUACCGCUGGACACAAUUGUGAUAAAGAGGCCGAUAACUGACAACGACGAACAAAUCGGCUACCAGGCAAUCGUGUUGGACCCCUCUCCCGAGUGUGCGGCUCAGCUUUUAGCUCUUGCUGUCGAUCAUAUUGAUAUUCUCCUGGAAGACUGGUAUCCAACGCUAGGUACGAGAUUCGUUCACACUUCUGAAGGGAAGUUCCUGGUGACAAGGAUCGUCCCAUGUCCACGUUGCUUGGCUUCAUCUCUGCAAGAUAAUGAUAAUGAUAACAACUGGCCGGCGGCACGCCAAAAUCUAGCACUGCCUAAUUUCCCCUGAGUACGAAAAUCGCAAGAAAGCUACACAUCUGAUGGAGACAGUGGAGUGGGGCCUGAUAGUCCUGGAUCCAGUCGCAAACCUUCGAUGGAGGGACAUCCAGAAGUGAUAAACGAAGAUGAAGAAGUGGUGGAGCCAGAUCCUCAGUACAGUUGGAUGGUGGAAGAGUGCAUUCUCGCUGCCUAUGAUAAGAAAAGUGUCAAAUGUCCACUACACGGCGAUAUAUCGCUCGCACAUAUUGCCCCUGAUACGAUGUUCCUAGACCUGGGCGAAAGGCACCUGAUCCGUCCGAACAGCAUAACCAGAGGCCACCUGCUUGGUAGGGGCGCAUUUGGCUUUGUGUUCAAAGGCACGUGCAAAGUGCGCGGCUCCAAUGCAAGCAUCGAUGUCGCCAUGAAGAUGCUGCAGCCUGUCGCUCCUGGGCCCAAUGCUAGUCAGUCGGCCGUCAUUGCUUACAAGGGUGCCCAAGGUAAAUGGGACCGUGACCCGUUGCAGUACGCCAGUAAAGCCUAUUGCACAGCCAGACAGGAGCUGAACAUUUUGCUGACACUGCGUCACCCGAACAUCGUUCCGCUGGUGGGCGUUUGCACCAAACCACUCGCCUUGGUGCUGGACUUGGCGCCACUUGGUGCUCUUGACGUCACGCUCAGGAACUACCGGAGAUCGGGGGCCAAACUUGGUGCUUUCACCCUGCAAGCGGUUAUUCUUCAAGUAGCAAAGGCUAUUGAGUAUCUUCAUCAGCAGCACAUUAUUUACCGGGAUCUGAAGUCUGAGAAUGUUCUUGUGUGGUCAAUGCCCCCUCCUUUCCAAGAUCAUCUAGAUGUGCCUGUCUAUAUCAAAUUGGCCGACUAUGGUAUAAGUAGAUUGACUCUUCCUUCCGGAACUAAAGGCUUCGGAGGCACUGAAGGAUUCAUGGCCCCGGAAAUCAUGCGCUACAAUGGAGAAGAAGAAUAUACUGAAAAGGUGGAUUGUUUUUCGUUUGGCAUGUUUAUAUACGAGCUGCUCACUCUCCAUCAGCCAUUCGAGAGUCACGAAUCCGUGAAGGAGUGCAUCUUGGAAGGUGGGAGACCGCCUCUCACUUAUAGGGAAACAUUGUACCCUUCAUACAUGCUUGACCUGAUGGUGUUAUGCUGGUGUCAGCAACCACGUGACCGGCCGUCUGCCAGCCAGAUAGUGUCGAUUGCGUCUGCGCCGGAAUUCACCCAUCUGCUCGACAUUGUCUCGCUCAAUCACCCCUCCACUGUAGUCGCAACGGUCACUGCCUCCUCGUUCCAGGCCCACAACGAAGACGGCGCCUGUGCGAGCGGAGGUGAGAUCUGGCUGGCAUGUGCCAACAAAGUGACCGAUCAGCUGGUGGUGAGUGGUCACUCGUUUGUCCAGUACUCGAGCCUCGUCCUGCCAGGUGAACCCACAGCCGCUUGCCUCGUCGGCAACUCUAUCUGGCUCGGCGAUUGCAAGGGGCAGAUACAUGCCUAUUUCGCGGGCGAUUGCACGCACAUAUUCAGUUACGCACUGGACCCCGAAUCGCCGGCCAACGCAGGCGUGUGCGCCAUUCUGCACCUGGAGCAGCAGGCGCGUGUCGCCGUCGGUCUGUCCAACGGGCGCGUGUUCCUGGUACGGGACGACAUGUCGCCGACUGCACCCACAAUGGGCGAGGGCAGCUUUGUCAUGAGUGAGCUGGGCAGUAGUAGUGUGUUGCACGCUAUCACCACUGUCUACACCGACAAACACAAUGAAUGCCAGCUGUGGUGCGGAGAGAGUGACGGCGCUCUGUCGGUGUACACGAUGCAUGACAACAUGGUGACUGGACACAAAGUGCUCAACCACUUUGAGCCGAUCAUCGCCAACGUGCAUGUCCACCAGAUUGUCUCCUCACACUCGCCCAUCAUGUACGACGGCCCGGCUGCCGUCUGGACUUAUGUGCAUCCAGGUUGUGUAGUAUAUCAAUGGGAUCCAAUAUCUGGAAACAUUGUCAAUAAACUUGAUUGUUCAAAAUUGGUUCCUUGCUCCGAAAGUUUGAAAUCCAUCAGUAUAGAAGAACAUCUCAGUCCUGGUCGAUGUCAGGUGACAAGUCUGUGUGUGCUAAACACAGAGCUGUACAUAGGGACGACCUGGGGCUGCAUAGUUGUGGCGGAGAGGACCAGCAUGAGACCAAUCACUGUGUUCCGUCCGUUCCAGGAGGAGGUGUCGGCCAUCUUGGCGUUGCAGCCGCUCGGCCAAUCAGAGACGCUGUUGGUGACCAUUGGUCAGGGCUAUCGCAGUCUCAUCAAACGCUACAAGGAUGUGAUUGGUACGCCGACUCUGCUCAGUCAGUGCUCGCAAACACACAAUAACUCGUUUGCGUUACUGUGGGCCACUGAUAAUUGGGCUGCAGCGUAAUUAGAUAGAAAGAAUAUUACAAUAUCAUAAUAAUGUGGAAUAAUAUUGCAAUUAUUCAAUUGUAUGAUAAACUCAUUGCGCUCCUAUGAUAACUUGGCUGCUGCUUAAAACCAUACAGAAAAUAAACCAUAAUGUUAUGCUAUCAUUUCUCUAUGGUAGAACCAAGUGGCAUCAAAAGCUAUAGUGAGGUUCACGUUAUAAUGGCAGUAAUUGAUUAGCAAUGCUAUUGCUAUCCUUGUCUAUCAUUUAACA